AUGAUGUAUUUGUUAUGUAUUUGCAGCGGAAGGUCAUGUUCAUGUGAUGUGAAAACUAUCGAUCCUGACUUAACAAAGCCUUUAUAUUUGUCGUCACCAUUCUCUCAAGUGAACAAUCGAACGGACACUUUUCUGUCUCCGCGGACUGGACACGAACAACCUUACUGGUAUUCCCCAAGUUACUUUGGGUGGCAGUAUGUGACCAAGGGUAAGUCAUGUAUACGUACCUGGUGAUAAUUUGUUUCGUGACAAUGAACAUUUGGCUUUUCAUCAACUUUGAAACCGCCUGCGACAAUUGUUAUUUUUGAUUGAAUGACGUUGGAUCAAACAAUCGUUUUUUUUCUCGAAUAUUCCGGCAAGUAAAAGUCGUUCAGUAUCUCGCAAAAAAGUGUAUAGAUCGAAGAUUUUCAUAGUUCUUCUCUCUAAAGCAAUAUGUAAAAGGUUUUCAAAGGUUUCAUACUGCUAAAGAUGUAAGGCCCCUCACCCAUUCUAGAUUUUAUGGGAAAUACACAACUAAGAAAAAAAUCUCAGUGGAAAAUAAGCCAACCCGAUCGAUGACGUUUUCUCCGAGAACCCAGUGAAGAUAUAGAUUCAACUGGGUCUGUUGAUUUGGCUUCUGAAUGAGCACUGUCUAGUUACCACUUACAGCAAUGAUAUGAAUAGUAACAGACAGCUAUACAUUUUCAGGUUAGAAAUACGAUAGAGCUAAAUUUAACGGGAUUCAUUCUUUCAAAACUCGUAAUUGCAUAUACCUUAUUUGUUUAUCAGGUGUUUUCGCAGCUUAAUUUACUGUCUCCGGGGAAGAAAAUUUUAUUUGUAAAGCGAAGCGAAAGUAGAGCCUGUUUUCCCAAACAAUUCCCCGUAACCGUAAUAGAAACCGUAGUUUAUGUAGAGAUUGAUCGGUCUAGAGAAGGUGUAAGCCACCCGCUUUUAAUGCAGCUUUCCUCCUCUUUGAGGUGAAAAAGAAAAGCAGUUACUAAGACCAUAGGUAGUUAUGAAACUUUCUAUUCUCUUCUUCAGCAACACAUAUUGCUCACCAGUCGUCAUUUCUCCAGUUAAAAUAUGCGUCAUCUGUGGAUUUUCAACCGGAGCGUUACCACGCAACUGCGGAAUGUGAGGUUGCUGCAUGCCACAAUGCAGCGUUACAGAGCGCCACAUGUCACGCAACGCAAUAUCAGUGCAUGGCAUGUAAGGGAUUUGAUUGUCAAACUACCGGAUGUCAAAGGUGUCAAGUGUCCGAUUACCAAAUCGAGUGUAAGGGGGGAUGUCCCUCAACGAGACAUGGAUGUACAGAAAGACGCGUAACUAAAUAUCUCUCCACUGAAUGUAAGGCAAUGUCAGAAUAUCAUAAACCUGGAUAUCAAGACAAGGAAUGUCACGCAACUGACUAUCGGGGUAACAAUGGUCACGCAACUAGAUUUCACGCUUCAGAUUCAGAAAGUGGAAAAGCUCAAAGAGUUGAUGGAUUGGCCUACGAUCACGGUGAAUUUCCCAAGAUAAUUUCGGUACACUCUAUGCCUGAGACCCAGCCCAUCAUGCAAGAAAAUGCCCAUAUUUUUAAUCCUAGUAAUGACAUUCGGUCCAAUUUCGCUAAAACAGGACUCGACGUGUCAAGUUCCUUUGCUAACCAAGCUUCUAAGAGAUGGACGUCUACAUGUUCUGAAAACUCGACAACAGUAAACAAUGAAUGUACAAAACAACUAGGCCCCAAGACAUGCGUCAAUGUAGAAUGCCAUGAAAAUGAUGUUCUUAACAAGCUGACGUCGGAUUCUUUAUGCAACAUUAGGAGUGAAUCGAAAAUUGUUCAAUUCUCAACCACGGAACAUGCGUCCAGCCAUCACUUAAUGACCACGAUUCUCAAGGAUGACUCUCAAUCCAGCGCAUCUCAAAGUGCUUGCGAUAUUGUUCCAAAUACAGCAUUUAACCGUGCUAGUGACUACAAUAAAGAAAACAGGGAGCUAUCUGCGAUCAACACAAAUAAUUGCGACAGUCUAGGUGCCGAAAGCCUCAAGGUAAGAGUAUUAAUAGUUUUAUUUUCACUAACUUAAUUUUGAUACUUAACCAAUAUGCUUUUCGUCUAUGGCAGUUUUUUGGUUUAGGAAAAAAUAGUUUUGUAAUUGUUAAUUGAUAAUUUUGUUCGGGGGUGAAGCAUUUCAAUUCAAGGGAACUGAGUAAAUUUAAGAAGAAAUGAAAACAUGUAAAGGGCUUUAGACGUCUAUGGCUGACAUUUAACCUCAGUGGUUCAAUAGGAUCCCUUAUAUAGCGCUAGUGUCCGACACCAUUUUCCCCUCUCGCACCUUCCUUUUCCAUUAUUAUGACGUGAGACCCUUUAUGUACGAAAUUGUGCCGUUCCUGAAAGUCUGUGUACAAGUCAAUCUCGACCUAGUCGAGAAUGUGUACGAGUUUUCAGUACUCCUCGACCUCUCACCCUAGAUUUCCUCGUGAUUGUUCUGAGAUAACUGAAAAGUACUGCCUUUCAUUUUUUUUUCAAAGCGCUAAAGGGAGUUUAAGAUACCACGACGGCGACGUCCACGAAAACGUCGCUUAAAAAGUGAAUUUGCGUUCUUUCAAUCUCUAUCGCGAUUUAAAACUCCAACUCAUUUACUUUGUCAAAUGCAAGCGAACUCUUUUUGAGCCGAAUUCCUAAGAUUUAGAACGAUAUUCUAGUUCAGAAAGAGGAAGAAAAUUUAGCCGUCGCUUGUUUACGUCCACCAUAAAACGUGAAAUUAGGCAUUUCCCCGUCGUAGUCUUGCAGUUACGGCAAAGAAAUGUACGAAAGAAGCGAGAGGCACCUGCAGAGUUCUUGAUUUACCUAUUCAACCAAUUGCGUUUUGACGUUCUUGUUGUCGUCUUCAUCGUGGCAUCUUAAAGUCCCUUAUAUUUUUCACACAAGGAAAAAAAACGAGCUGUGCACUGAAUCUCUUUCUAGAAAUUCUGCUCUAUAAACUAGCAUUGUACACUUCGGCAACUCCCCCCUGGCAAAGCUGGCCUUCUCUUUUUCUUCUUAAAGCUGGGGGACUGGGUUUGAAUUUGCUCCAACCGGAAAGAGAUCACCAUUUAGGCUAAGUGAAAACGGACGCAACAAACCCAGCUAUAUAGGCUUAAGUAAAACCGAAGUAAAAAAGAUAGGUUGUGUUUGAAGCGUUCUUUUACUGGAAGAAUUUAAAUUUACUUGUCUUGAAAUAUUUCUUAGCUGAUUUAGGUUCUAGUGUAAAGACUACCUAUGUUGGUAGUUGUUGCGUCCUUUUGUACGUAGCUCAAAGUUUGACUGGUUUCAAACAUUGCAUGCAGCAACUCCCAACAGCAUGCAACAACAUGCAACAGGGUGUGCAAACGGACGCAACAUGUAACAUCGUGAUCCAACAAUAUUGCGUCCGUUUGCACGGGGCUUUACUUUAGUUUUUCUUGAUGGGCCACUCUCCUCAAAGCCCUGCGAGGUUCUGCGAUUCACGUAUUUCUAGUAAUUUAAUUUGUUUUUAGAUCCCAUUCGGUACUCCCAGACCAUUAAAUUUUAUCCAUGGAUCGCGAGAGAGUGAACUCAAGACAACUGCUUCGACGGAAUGCGAGGAAAAAAAUUCCUGGACACAAAACCGCGCACAGUUAGUGAUGCUAAAGAAGAGAACUAUGAUUCAAAAUCGCAUUCAGAAAAUCAGCAAUAUUCAACAACGUUUGAUUAGCGAGGAUCAAAAACAGCCGACACUUCUAGUUAAGAAAACUGCGACACUUGAGAAAGAAAUCAAGCAUCUUUCUAACGGCGCAACGGAUAUCGAUGGUAGUGAAAACUUCAUUCGAGAAGGAAGCCCUCAGAAAACGACGCCCGUCAAAAUGUCAUCGCUACUACCAAAUAAGGAGUUGACGCGCGAAGCAAGAAAGACGGACGCAAAAUUCUCUCAUCAAACAAGUGAAGUGGUAGCGAUGAACGCUAGAAAUAGCAUGAAAAAGUCUAUCAUUUCCAAGCAGGCAGAUGAAAAAUUAUCGAUGGAUGGCUAUCGUAUGAACUUAUUUGAAAAAAUGGAGCUUUUGAAUGGAAAAAGUCGAACCUCACCCCCAACUGGCCUAGCAAGUGAACUUACCAACUCCCCAGUCGGCGAACUGCGAAAAUCUCGAACGUCGCACACAAAAUAUGGAAGUGUUUCCGAAGGACCCUCUAAGGGUAUCGCUGAAUGUAAUGCCUCUGUAUUUAGCGUGGUGUACUCUGGAGAUACCCAACAGUCAAAACAUAGGCAAAUUUUGGAUAAUUCUUCAGGCGACUGCUCUGAUAGCAUUACUGGGGAAACGUUUGAGCAUUCAAGUUCAGAUGAAGUUAAGUUUAAUGCAUUUUAUCCCGAACUGCCUAACAGUUGGUCAUCAGCCUACAUCUCCGAGAGCCAGAUCGGGAAUAAAAUUAAAGCAAGCCGCGGAGAGCUGAAAAGAAAACAGGGUGACAUCCAUGCGUUAAACGUUGAGUCUCUCAAACGACGUUGUAGAACUUUGCCGCGAAAAGUUGUCAGGAUAGAUGCUCUAAAGAUGAAUUUCGACGUAACAAGUCUGGAUGACCUGCCGAUGUCGGAAAGGGAAAGAAAAGGUAAGCAGUGGAAAAAUUGCUGUGUGAUUGCUUAUAAAAAUGUCAACAAAAUCACUUCGUUUUCCCGUCAUUUUGUAUAAACGCGCCAAAGAAAUUAUGCAACAAUAUGUUGCUGCCAGCAAAAUUAUAGGAUACGACGCUCAAAAUACCAGAGAUUUAAAAAGCAUAGUUUUUUUAAUCCUUAGUACCGAGGUUUUUUGGUGGUUUCAUGGUAUUUUUUCCAUGCAAAUCGUUACAAUUUUCUAUACGUGCCUAAAUGAUAGUCGUUUGCACGUGACGUGCGGUGGCCACGUUCGUGGUCAAGAAAAAAAGUAUCUCUCCCCUCUGAGAACUAAAUGCUAUUUUCAUGUAAAUUCUUCGAGAAAAAGUGCUAUUGUAUUCACCCCCAACAUGGCCGCUUUGUCACGUGGCUGCAAAUGUCAGUCACCUCAAAAUUCUCUUUUUUGGCUUAUCCUUCCAUCUCUGGGUGUUCUUCAAGUUGCAACCCAUAAAUUUUAGAUUGUAAUUUUUUUUAGCUAAUAUUUCCAUCUCUGGGUGUUCUUCGAGCUGCAUCCCAUAAAUUUUGCUUAAGGAAGGUCAUGUUACUGCGAGCUGCUAAUUUCUAUUCAAAAGAUUUGAUAGGCUCUAUGUUCAAGGUGGAUUUUUCUCAGUGUAUUAAAUGUGGUGAUUGCAAUCAAUGUUGUCAUUCACAAUGACCUAUACAGGAUUUUCGUUUCUUUUUACCAUCUAUCAUUUAUAAAAGAACCUGGGAGAUAGCUACUGCUUCACUCUAACAAGCAACACUGUGCAGUUCUUAUUCUUUGUGUCCACUGGGAAGCAGAUUGUGUACCUUGCUACCCAAAUUAAUUUUAGCAGCAUAUUUCUUUAUUGUUCUCGACUUACUUGCUCGCUUCACCAAGCAAAAAUAGAGGCUGACUGUAAGGAAUGAGGAGAGGUGAGUUUUAAUAACCAAAAAAAUUCUGAUCGCAUUGUUUCAUGUCAUUAACACCAACUGUUUUCCUUUAGAAUGCAAAUACAACCAGGAAAGUCUUUCACCUCAGAGUGGAGAAACUAAGGAGAGAGAUGAAAUUAUUGUAGGCUGCAGUGAUGUCAACUUGUUAAUGAAACCUGGUUGUGAGUUCAACACCCCAAAAGUGUACGAGGAUGAAAUUUUACAGAGAAAUAUGGAGUUGCGCGAGAGCAAGAUUAGUGACCUUCUUCGUAAACAGAGAGGACUGUUGCAGUCCCUGGAAAAAAAGACUACCAACAUGAUGACAUCAGCGUAG